AUGCCUGCCUUGAACAGGCGCAGUGAACUUGUCCUUCUGAUUCCUUCUGGUAUCCUGGUUCAAUGCGCAGUGAAUGGACGCAGCUGCUGCAUAGUCUUCAUAGUACGCCUCGAAGCUUCUUGUCCGUACUGUCCGACCUCGGUCAGCAUGCAGCAGCCAGGACAGCAGGUGACUGAACUCGCCAUGCAGAACUCUGUCAGCGCCGUGGUGGCUCGCAUCCGCGCUCGCAGCUGUGGCACGCCGAUGCCCUUUGCGUCGCAGGUGCCCGUCCAGAAUUCGGAGUCAGGUCGAGGAUACACGAUUGGCCGCGAGUACCCGUGCAUGGGCAGCGGGUCAGCUCAUGCCAGCAUUCUGGCUCCAGUUUGCGCCAGCUUGACUUUCUGCGUGAUUGUGGGCAAGUCCCUCCACAUGUUCGGCAAGUGA